AUGGAGGAAAAGCUGCGAAAUGAAAUUGCAUCGAUACUAGUGGACUCUAUAGGGUUUGAAGAGUCUGCCGUUAAAAAGGCCAUUAUGAGAAGCAAAUGUGCGAAGAAUGGAGACUUUAUGAUACCCUUCACACAGCUCACAAAGGACCCCCACGCCAUUACCAGCGCAGCCGAGAUCAUGAGCAGAAGCGAGUACCCCGUCAUUCGGAAGGUUGAAGCGAUAAAGCAGGUCCUUUUCAUAUACGUAAACGUCCGGGGCAUCUCAAAGGAGCUUAUCUCUGAAAUACUUCUGAAGAAGGGAGCGUACGGAAGCACAACGGAGGGAGAGGGAAAGACCGUGGUUAUUGACUUUAGCUCCCCGAAUAUUGCGAAGGUCUUCCACGCAGGACAUCUCAGAACUACGAUCAUAGGAAACUACAUACAAAAUCUCUACAAAAAAAUGGGGUAUAAAACAGUCGCAAUGAACUACCUGGGGGACUGGGGAAAACAGUUUGGGUUCCUGGCAAUUGGCUAUAAGAAGUACAAGGAGGAGGAAAAGAUGAAGGAAAAUCCAAUCCGCCACCUAAAUGACAUAUACGUGCGCAUGAACAGGGAGGCAGAAGCAGAUCCCUCAAUACACGACGAAGCCAGAGAGUUCUUCCGACGGAUGGAGGAGGGCGAGGAGGAGCCCGUGCGAAUUUGGAGGCAGUUCCGAGACUUGAGCGUGGAGAAGUACAAGGAGAUGUACGCGAGCAUGAACAUCCACUUUGACGUAUACUCCGGGGAGAGCUUCUACGGGGGAAAGGCUGCACUUGAAAACAUCGAGGGAAAGAAGUACCUCGUACAGUGCGAGGACGGAUCGAAAAUUGCUGACCUGGGGAAGCUGGGGAAGACAGUUCUUGUAAAGAGUGAUGGAUCAACUAUCUAUAUAACGAGAGAUAUACUAUCAGCACAGGAUAGAAUAGAGAAGUACUCCCCGCAUAAGCUUAUAUACGUUGUAGCCAGCCAGCAGAAUCUCCACUUUAAGCAGCUGUUUGCUCUUAUGGAGAUGGACGGAUAUAGCCCAGAGAUGUUCCUGCACGUGAACUUUGGGAUGGUUAUGGGAAUGUCCACGCGAAGGGGAACGGCAGUUUCUCUUUCGGAUAUUAUAGAUAUAGCACAGGACGCUGUCUUGGAGAAGAUGGAGGGAAGCGGGAAGGGAGAGCAGAUUUUGGACAGGGAGAAAACCUCCAGGGAACUUGCACUCUCUGCAGUGCUUAUCCAGGACUUUAAGGCGAAGCGUAUAAAGGACUACGAGUUCGACAUGCGGAAGAAUACGUCUUUCAUUGGGGAUACAGGCCCGUAUAUUCAGUAUACGCUUUGCAGGCUCGCAAGUAUCUCCAGGAAUGCGAUUUAUCCCGUUGGGGAUGUGGAAGAGCUGGAAUUUGCAGACUUGGGGAGUGAAAAGUGCUACGAGCUGCUGCUGCUUCUGGGGAGGUACGAGGCCGUGCUUGUGGAGAGUAUCAGGACGCAUGAACCCUCGGCUAUUGUCACGUACAUUUUGCAGAUAUGUCAGUUAGUAAACUCCAUUUUCAGGGUCGUGUGGGUGGCAAAUCAGCCAGAGAGUACGGCCAGGCCAAGACUUGCGAUGUACGAGAGCAUUCGGUACGUCCUGGCAGACGCCGUGAGUAUCCUGGGGAUGACCCCGCUUGAGGCGAUGUAG